AUGCUAUUGUUUUUCCCUUUCCUCGUGCUGGUCUGGGCCGGCGGAACGGGCGUGCGGGGCGAAGUGAAGGAGGUGGAGGUGCAGCAGGAGGAUCGGCUGAGGUGGCCGGACGGCGUCGUGCACUACAGCAUCAGCGAAGGCUUCACCGUCCAGCAGUUCAAGUGGGUCCGCAAGGCCAUGGACAUUAUCGAGGCAGAGACGUGCAUCUUAUUCGAGGAACGCAAAAACGCUGAGCGCCGCAAGCCGCCGAGAACCUUGUACAUAAAGCCGGGCUACGGAUGCACCUGCAAAGUGGGUUACCAGACCUUCGGCUCCGUGCUCAAGCUCCACAAACGCUGCUUUAAAGUGCUCGGCCAUGUGGUGCAUGAGCUCCUGCACGCCCUCGGCAUAAGGCACGAACACCAGCGGUUUGACAGGAACUAUUACGUUCAUAUCAACCAGACCGCCAUCAGGACGGCCUACAUCAAGAACUUCUUCAGACGCAGGAGGAGUCUGAGCUACAUUUCCAACGCCGGUCUUCCCUACGACUACGAGAGCAUCAUGCACUACCCCAAGAUCGGCUUCUCGGUGGGCAAGACGCAGGCCAUCAUCACGCCCAUCGUGCCCUGCGCGGCGAUCGGCCAGCGCAGGAGGAUGAGUCCUUCAGACGUGGCCCGCAUCAACCGCCUCUACGCCUGCACGGGCCACUACUUCGGCGACGACAUCCCCGGCGCCGUGCCCUUCAAGGUGUGGCAGCGGCAGGUGCAAAAGCUGCGGCGCCUCGAGGCUCGCAGCAAGUGGUGA